AUGGCAGACAAGUUACAAUUGAAGGUUUUAACUGCAUGUGUAUACGUGGUUUUGAUUAAAGUAGUGUGCAUAUCAGCUACCAGUCCCUGGGCUUUAAGAUCAAUUAGGGAAUUAUCUUCACAAAAUGAUGUGAAUGUGUCAUUACCAGCAGGUUUCAAAGCAUAUUAUUAUACGCAGACACUGGAUCACUUCAGUUAUAAACCAGAGAGUUACAACACAUUCAAACACAAGUACUUGGUGAAUUGGGAUUACUGGGGUGGCAACAAAGGCAGUUAUCCAAUCUUUGUCUACACCGGCGACGAGCAAGCCAUUGAGUACGAUGCUUCUGGCAGUGGGUUCUUGGUUAAUCUUGCUAAACAGUUUAAGGCUUUGCUUGUUUAUAUUGAGCAUCGUUAUUAUGGUGAGUCGAUGCCGUUUGGAGAUAAUUCAUUUCAAGAUGCCAAUACUCUUGGAUACUUUACAUCUGCACAAGCAUUAGCGGAUUAUGCAGAGCUUAUUACGAAUCUUAAGAUGAAUCUUUCAGCUCAGCAUUUGCCUGUUGUUGCUUUUGGGGGAUCUUAUGGCGGAAUGCUUGCUUCCUGGUUUCGCCUAAAAUACCCGCAUAUUGUUAUUGGGGCAUUGGCAUCAUCUGCUCCAAUUCUCUACUUUGAAGACAUAACCCCACAUGAUGGCUAUGGUGUAGUUGUCAGCAACGACUUUAAAGAAAACAGUGAGAGCUGCUACAACACUAUAAAAGACUCAUGGUCCGAAAUCAACAGAGUUGCAGCUGAAGAAAAUGGUCUAACCAAGCUUAGCCAAAUCUUCAACACUUGCACGCCUUUGAAUUCAUCAGGAGAGGUCAAGAAUUGGUUAUCCAGCAUCUAUAUGAGUGCAGCUCAGUAUGAUAAUCCUCCGAGAGAUCGAAUUGGCACCGUAUGUAAUGCCAUUAAUGAAGCUCCAGCAGGCACAGAUAUUCUUGGCAGAAUCAGUAGAGUACUAAAUACUUCUGCUGCUGCUACUUCUUCAUGCUACAAUUUAUAUCAAUCGACGCCUAGCAACCAUAGUGGUUGGGGAUGGCAGACAUGUACUGAGAUGGUAAUGCCAAUUGGAUGGGAGGCUAACCAAACAAUGUUUGAAGCAAGUCCUUUUGACAUCAAAGCCUACACCAACAGCUGCCGACAACGUUUCAGCAUCGAGCCCAGACCUCACUGGAUCACAACAGAAUAUGGUGGCCACGAUAUAAAGUCUGUACUAGGGAACUUUGCUAGCAAUAUAAUCUUCUCCAAUGGCUUGCGAGACCCAUAUAGUUCUGCAGGAGUUCUAGAGAACAUAUCCGAUACCGUGGUUGCUAUCCAUACUGAAAAAGGUGCUCACUGCUUAGAUCUUCAAGUUCCUUACUCAACCGAUCCUGACUGGUUAGUCGCCAUGCGGGAGAAAGAAGUAAGCAUCAUUCAAUCUUGGAUUACAGGGUACGGAGCUAAAUAUAGCACAAAGUUACUUGCUAAGAAGCCUGUUAGAAAGUAGACAUUCAAAUAUGAUCGGUUCAUGAGCUCGAAUUAUAUAAUUUGCUUGUCCAAUUCGCAAAAAUUAAUUACAUAGAUGUGUCUUAUUUAUUCUUUUUUUAAAAAAAAAAAAAAAAGUUGAGAAUGGGAUAUUAUUUAUUUAUUUAUUUUGAUUUAUGUAAAUUAUCUAAGAUAUCACUUGAAUCCAAACAGAAUUAACAAUCCAA